AUGGCACGCUCAAAAUUCCUACGAGAGGCUGUGGUGAUCCUUGGGGCGGGUACUCAAGGCAGGCGCCUGGCCUACAUGUGGUCUAGCACUGGAAAGCCUGUGCAUUUAAUCGACCGACAGGAAAAACAACUAUCGGAAGGAGUCGAAUAUGUCCAGCAACUGCGUUCAUCACCAUCUGCUAUAUCCAAGAAUUGGGGAAAUAUCACCACCUCUUCCCCCCAUGGUUUGAGUACAGCAUUGCAAAAAGCUUGGUUGGCAAUUGAGUGCGUUCCAGAGAACAUCGAUUUAAAGCGAACAGUAAUCGGCGAACUCGAUGCAUUGGCCCCGGAACAGACCAUCAUUGCCUCUAAUUCGAGCAGCUAUGUAAUUGGUGAAAUCAUAGAACCUCUGUCUCUUAAAUACCCCUCCCGAAUUUUGAGCGCACAUUGUUACUGGCCACCAGAGACUCCAGCGAUUGAAAUCAUGGGACAUGAUAAGACCGACCCAUUUGUACUUGAACAGAUGCUCAGUCAAUGCAAGGAGCACGGCUUCUCGCCAUACCAUGUGAAAGCUACAUCGAUUGGGUAUAUCUAUAACCGGAUCUGGGCGGCCAUUAAACGAGAAACUCUCCUUACGCUCCACGAGGGUGUCGCAACCCCAAAAGAAAUUGAUGCCAUUUUCAAAGAUGUCUUGAAGACGCCGAAAGGACCAUGUGAGCUCAUGGAUUUAGUUGGUCUAGAUGUGGUCCUGGACAUUGAAAGACAUUAUGCAGACUCGCGCAAGGAUCUCCCUCUUGAACCUCGAGAGUAUCUCGGUAAGAUGAUUGAGAACGGCAAGCUUGGGUUGAAAAAUGGAAGAGGAUUUUAUAAUUAUAUUCCAUGA